AUGCAGGCUCGCGCAAUCCCUCAUAUCCCACCCCCUAAAAAAAGAAGGCGAGGGAUUGGAGUUGAUAAAACGCACGUGGUUUUGCUCUUUGGUAUCCAUUUAUCGUCUUAUCGGUAUGCCACAUUGGAGAAGUUCAAUAAAUGGGCUAGCAAUACGGAGGAGAGCAAGAAGAGGAGCUGGACGAUGGGGCAUUUCUGUCUGGAUUCUGCUGCUGGGUCCCUCACGUGCUGGCGCUGGCUCUCCUCCGAACCCAACGCCGCCGUCGCCGCCGCCUCACAACCUCAACCGUCACCUCUCAGCUCUCCUGUGCUCCUUGUGCUUGUCAGUUCGAGAGAAGUCAGGUCGAUCUCACAUUCCAUCUUCUACCCUGAUGCCCUUGCUCCUCGAUCUCUGCUGCCUGUGGUAUUUUGCAUCUUCUCAAUAGCAAGCUGGCUCUGUGUGCUACCUCGGAUAAAGUGCACCGGGGACACCUUUAGUUCUACCAUCUCCUCUCCGCUUCCACAACGCCUCUGCUUGUCAGUGUGUAACAACCGUCCGUGGUUCUUAUCCAGUCAUUGGCACGAGAGCGUCGAAGCCUAUCGCUGUGUCGCAUUCCUUGCGCGUGGUUAUCUGAUCUUGGAUCUGCUUUCCCUUGACGACUCCCCCUUCUCCGGAUUUUCAAAAUACAUUAUUAUUUAUUUCUCCUCUUGA